AUGGUCUCUUUCACUACUAUUGCACUAGCUUUAAUAUCGGCUACUGCUGUUGCUGCACAGCUCCCUGACCCGGGCCAGGAGGUAGACUGUGACUGCACAGAUCUGAGGAAUGGGGUUGUAAUUCCGGACGAUGCUGGCACGAGAAGCGGGUGCGCGGGGCGUGGGUAUCUUGUUAACCGAAACGGCGAUCUUAAGUGUGUUAUUGUUGAGGAUGGUACUCCGCACCACACCCGAGCCCGAGACUUCGUUAACCACUGCCACCUGCACGGAACAUGCGGUUGGGUUGGUCAGUAA